AUGAGUGACGCCGAGGAUGUCACCUUCGAAACCGCGGACGCCGGUGCGUCCCACACGUAUCCCAUGCAGGCGGGAGCGAUCAAGAAGAACGGUUUCGUCAUGCUGAAGGGUAACCCAUGCAAAGUUGUUGAUUAUUCUACUUCCAAAACCGGAAAGCACGGCCACGCCAAGGCUCACAUUGUCGGUUUGGAUAUCUUCACCGGCAAGAAAUACGAAGAUGUUUGCCCGACCUCUCAUAACAUGGAAGUGCCCAAUGUGAAGAGAUCAGAAUUUCAGUUGAUUGACUUGUCCGAUGAUGGUUUCUGCACCUUGCUUCUGGAAAAUGGCGAAACAAAGGACGAUCUGAUGCUUCCUAAGGACUCUGAAGGAAACUUGGACGAUGUUGCCCAGCAAGUCAAGAACCUCUUCACGGACGGCAAGUCGGUUCUUGUUACUGUUCUGCAAGCAUGCGGAAAGGAGAAAAUCAUUGCUUCGAAGGAACUGUAA